AUGGUCAAAGCGGAUGUUAAACGGGACUACUAUGCGGAUCUGGAUCUGCCUCAAACCGCGGAUGGAGAGGAAAUCAAGAGACAGUUCAGACUACUGGCAAAGCAAUUCCACCCUGAUCGAAAUCCUGGUCGCGAGGUCGACGUCUUACCCAAAUUCCAGGCAGUGCAGGCGGCACAUGAGAUCUUGAGCGAUCCGGUAGAGAAGGCUAAAUAUGAUGCAGCGCGAGCGAAACUGGCUGGCCGAACUUAUGCGUCCGACCCGUACGGCUUCGCGCGGUCUACAAAUGCCAAACCACCGACGUCAACAGCACACUUUCCCUUUCCUCCUCCUCCAAAACCCAACCAGAAGCGGCCGCCGUUCCCAAGUCCGAAUCAAAGGGCGCAGACAUCCAGUGGAGCGGACAAAUUCAAUGCCUUCGCCCGCGGAGCACCACAAUCAUGGGACAGGACUAGAUUUGAUGAGGCCAGAGCAGAAGCGGCGAGAAUGUUUCCUAAUAUGAGACCAUCACCAACGGCACCACCAGUGCCGCCCCGGACACCGCGUCAGGCUCCUACAGCGCCAAAGCCGACAUCGUCGUCAGAUCUUCCACAUGUCCCAAACAUACCUCCCCCAGGCUUUCCCGGAUUGUCUCGAACUCAAAGCGCGAGAAAGCAGGGCUACACGUCUGGUGCUCAUGGAGCUGAUGAGGCACAGGCGCCUCGGUCUGCGUACUCCUAUGUGCGUGGAGACCGUACUUCAGGCCCAACGGCGCAUGGAUACGUGCCGGAUGAUCAUAUGCGAUCUCCUCCGGUAACUCGGGCUCGGCCUGCAGUAAGUCCCCUGCGGCACACUCGAUCCUCAGACUACGACAUGAGGAGUGAUCCUCUUGGGGGGUCACGUCCUUCCUCAAAAUACUCAGGCGUGGGCGGUGAAAGGACUGAUAUCCAUGGAGAUGGUCUACAUCGUUCUACGAGCGUGCGGAACUCGCCAAUCGACCCACGAUGGGACGACCGGGGACCUUUCGGUAGGCCGUCUGCUCACUUCGAUCCCCAGCCUCGACAUCGCAGUGCCAGUCCAGGAAUGAGACCGAAUGGUAUUCACGCCGACUUCUCGUCCGAAUCAUCGUCAAGCGAAGACGAAGAACUGAAUAUGAAAGCCAGGCCCAAGGCCGUGCCUCGAUCGAGAGUGCCAGGCAUGAAUCCCUUUGGCAAAGUCGGCGAAUCGAAUCCGGGUCUGACGGGCCAAUUCCCAAACACCAACUACACUAGGAUUGUGGAGGAUGGCCAGUACAAGAAUCCCACUCCCGAUUUGAGGGAUCCCGCCCGAAAACCUUUCCCCGACAUGACUUCCCCUGACGUCGAGACGCCGCGGUCGAACGGUGUGCACGGAAAUGGAGGACAUGGUGGCAACGCAGAUGGACCCAAGUACGACUCCUCUCAGAACCCCCCUUACUACCCUUGGAUGCGAACCUCUAGGCAAUAUCGUGCUACCACCCAAAGUGCCUCGUUUAAUGGUGUCCCUUCGUGGGCGGUCCCGUCGACUGUCUUCCCGCAGAUGACGCCUCCUCGGCCUCGGAAGCAGGAGAACGACAGGCCCCAUGCUCGUUACCCUUCCAUGUCUUCCCCAUUACACUCGUCCAAACGUUCGUCCAAGGGAGGCGCUAACUUGAGACGCAGUCAUGACCGUGGCCCUUCCAAUGUGCAGACAAAGUUUUCGGCGGCGGAAUGGCAUGACAAGGUAACUGCCGAGGACUUCUUGCGUCCAGUAGAUGCCCAGAUGCGAAAGUCACCUUCCAAGUCGACGCGCGCAGGAAGUAAACCUGCAACGACACGAGGACGAGGACAGUCUCGGGGAUUAGAUGCAGAAAGCGGCUCUUCCUCCGAUUCCGCCAGCGGCCGAUCUACACGUCAACGUGACGGCACGUCGGACGAAGACAAAUCAGACAAAGCGGCCGCCUUCCAACGAGGAAAGCUACCGGACGAUUGGGCAUCGAAGGUCAACACCGCUGCCACCCACCCACCACCUCCGCCCGCGGCCUCUCGGACCAGUCAGGAAGCUAAAGAUGACCCGAGAGAUCGGUAUGUUGUCGUGGAGGAGGAUGUCAUGGAUGUAGACGACACGCCUCCCUCUCAUGGAACGCAGCCGACCCAUGGCGCGAAUCCCGUCCAGCCGGGCACAACGGACGCACCUCGCCAAACAGUAGGAAGACGGCCCACGAAUGGAGGAGGGGUUGACUUGAAAGAAUUCGCUCAGCAGGCGCCGUUUGCCCCAGCCUCCACGGGGUUGAAGGAUUUAGGAGACAUUGCCACCCAUCUACCGUUUGAAUCACGACCCGAGGCCAGCGUCGACACAGGCAGCAAAGCCGCUGCGAGGCUACGUGCGCUCAAUCUCCCCAAGCCACCGAAGCCGGUUGUGCCGCCGGCAGUGGACCGACUGGACCAAUCCAACUGGCUACAGUACGUGGACCACAUGAGCGCAUACAUGAAGGAUUGGAACCGGUUCAACGCGAAGAUGAUUGAGCAUUUCCGAAGUCGGCAAGAUCGGAUCUGUGGAACCAUGUCGCAGAACUGGGUCAGCAUGCGUGGAGACGGGCCGGAUGCGGACAGUCUGGACGACAAAGCCAGUUCCCAUGAGGCGGGAUAUGCGGCGUACAUGCAAUGGCUGAAAGACGACGCUCAGUGUCGAGAUUGGUGGGAUCACGCGCACGAAGAACACAUGAAAUGUAUGGAGGAUCUGGGCCGCACUCGAGAGGCGACCAAGAAGAAACUUCGGACGUUUUGA